UCACUGAACGAAAGGUUACCGUCGUCUGGAAUGCGAUCCUGAGAAUCACCAUGAUGCUCCUUAAAAUUCUUCUAGUCUUACUUCAAUUUUUCAAAGGAAUCUCUUCCCAGGGUUUUUCAGUUUCUGCAGUGGUGGACCAUUCUGCCAUCCUGCCAUGUAACGUCAGCCACUGUAUGGAAUUUCACUGGAUUAAAAACCAUCCCAUAAGGACACCUGUGGCUAAAUGCCUUAAAGAGAGAUGCAUUAUUCAAGAAGGUUUUCAAGGAAGAUUCAAACUUGCAGACGACAUAAACAAUGGCAAUUAUUCUCUGCUUAUCAACUCUGUAAAAUUCAAUUACCGGGGGAUUUAUCAGUGCAAAUGUGAUGGCAUUACAAAUGAUGUGACACUACAGGUUGAUGUUUAUAUAAAUGUGACAGCUGAAGAGUCUGCAAACAUUGCUCUUAAAUGUUAUGCGGAUACUCAAACUGAUGUCGAUGACGUGACAUGGAUUCAUAAUGACAAGAAAGUGCUAUAUUACCUAAAGGAUGGACACACAAAUCUCGGCGAAGGCUAUGAAGGCAGAGUAUCACUAACACGUGAUGGAUUCAGAUAUGGUGAUCUCUCUCUGACUCUCACGGAGGUCCAAAAGACAGACGCAGGGUUAUAUCGCUGUUUUGUCCAUGAUGAAACAACUAAAGGAGACCCACACGCCUAUAUGUUACAUGUGAAUGAUAAGAUGGGAAAACCAAAAAACUCUGAGGUCAUCUAUCUUCUACUAGGAGCCAUAAUAAUAAUAAUAAUAGUCCUCUUUGCCAUCAUUGUGAUUUUCUCAGUUUUGCUGUAUAAGAGAAAAACCUCUCCAUCACCCACAGAUGUCAAUCACCCAUUAACAUCAGAUACAUUCAGUCAACCCAGCAAGAGAAUCAAUGGAUUUUAAAGUUCAUCUUCGUGACAGAUUGCAAUUAUUAGUUUUGUCAACAAUUGCUUAAGCCCAGCAAACUCUUUAUUUCCUUGUAAUAUUCACUGAAAAGUCUCUGUAGUUUGACUUAUAUGCACUUUAACUCUUUCCCCGCCAGCAUUUUUCAUGAUUUUCACAAAAGUUGAAUGCCUUCCAGAAAAUUCUCCUUUUUAAAUAUAUAAACAUACAGACCCUCUGCUUUUAAACAAAAAAAUCAGUUUCAUCCUACCUUUGUGUGUACUGUUUUUAUCACCUCUCAAAUAUGUGUAUUUUCAUUUUUGUGAAGGACUUUUGAUAGAGAUCAGAUGCAGAGCGAUCCUUAAAAAAAUACACAGACAUACUGUAUAAAGUUAUUUUAGGCAUAUCAUUAUCCCAUACUCAUAAGAUAAUGAUUAAAACAUGCACUCACAUAUCUAUGGUUUUUAAAAACAAAACUUUUUAAUGUUUAAGACAUUUUGACCCCAUUUCCUGUUUUUUUGUCCGCUGUGGAUCCCAACCUCUAUGUGUUUAUUAUACAACAAAUGCAAUUCUGUCAGCAAUUCUAGUUUUAGAACGCCUCUGAUUUAAACAUGAGGGUUUUUAAAAUGAAACGGCCAUGUGACUUUUAUGACAAAACCUAUUCGAUCUUAAUUUUUUGUUUUAACAUCCAAACGUUUUUAUACACAAUCCAUAAUUAAACAUAGGUGUGUAUGAGUAAGUUUAUAUCUAAUGUCACAUGAGCAGCACCAAGUCGCGCUUGUGUCUGUGUGUGUGCAUCCAGUCUGUUUAUGUGUGGGCGUGUUUAUGACCCUGUGUGUGUGUGUGUGUGUGUGUAUGUUUGCAUGGGGGUCUAUGAUGUCUCUGUUUGUUACUAAAGUUUUGAUAUUAAGUCUGUCCUCAUUGACAAUA